GAAGAGGGGAUGCUCUUAAUGCAAAGCUUAAUGAUCACAUAAGGAAAAAGAAAGAAAAUCCUACAAUAACGAUCAAACCAGGUAAUAAGAUUCCAACUGGGGAUUGGGCCACUGAAUUCCAAACUGAAAUAGGAAUCAUCGUCAAAAAGUUUGCACCGUGGUCGACUCGCCCCAAAUGGAAGUCAAUUGGAAAAUCAGAUCUGAAGAAAUUUUAUGAUCUCAUAUUGGAAAAAUUCACUAUUGAUCUACAUGUAGUAAGCAUUCAGAAGGCGGUCAACACAAUGCUAGCAAAUGAGUACAGACAGUUCAGAUGCACACUUCACAAACACUACCUGCAGUACAAACAAGAUGGAACAGAACGGGAAAACCCGCAUCAUCAGGUUAAGCAUGAGGAUUGGGAGAAACUUUGCACUUGGUUUGAGUCUGAUGAGUUUCAGACAAGUAGCACUCAAGGUAAAAAAAGUCGACAAGCGAAUACAACCAUUCAUUGUACGGGGUCAAAACCUUUUUCCAGCUAAGAGAAGAAAUGUGUGAUCCAGAAACAGGUGAAGUUGUUGAACAAAUUGAAUUCUACAAGUUAACCCACUGCAAAAAUGAUGUUUGGACGUGUCAUACGGCGGAGGAAAACUAUGGUAAAAUGCUUGAACUUCGAGCUGCGCCUACACCUGAAGGUUCAACACCCUUGACCGAUGCUCAAAUAUGUGAGGAAGUGCUAGGUGUAAGAUCCGGUUAUGUCAAGGGUCUUGGUCAUGGGUAUGAAAAACCUAGCUCGUCUGGCAUCAAAUAUAAUGCGGAGUUAUGCGAAGCUCUUAGGAGGGCAGAUGACGCAGAGAAGAGAAAUAAGGAACUUGAAGAAAGAGUUGAUGAUCAAAAUCGCACAAUACAGGGGCUGGUAACUGACACAAUGGAUAUAAGAAGAAUGUUGCUUGAAAUGCAGGGAAACCGUCAAAGCACUCCUGAGAACAGUCAAAGUACUCCUGAGAACCGUCAAACCACCUCUUGAGAUGAUUGUUGAGGGACCAACAGUUGAGAUCUGCAUCUCUGUUUCUUUUUUAGCUUUAUGUUUCAACAAGUGGUAUCGUUUUUUUCUUCACUUUAGAAUUAGCUUUAUGUUUCACUUUUGAAAUUUGUAGUGGUAUCGUUUCUUUUCUUCAGUUUAGAAUGUUAAGUUUCUUAAUUAGUGGUGUCAUUU